UCCCCAAAGCCGGAGAUGAUCAAGGAGCAAUUCCAGGUGGCCAACUUGGGGGCUCCGCAGAACUCAGGGCCCGUGAUGUCCACCGUGGUCAACAUCCAGGCUGAGACUGCAGUGCCCGACCACAUCAUCUGGUCCCUGUUCAACACGGUCUUCUUCAACCCCUGCUGCCUGGGCAUCGUGGCCUUCGCCUACUCCGUGAAGUCUAGGGACCGGAAGAUGGUGGGAGACGUGAUUGGGGCCCAGAGCUACGCAUCCACCGCCAAGUGCCUGAACAUCGGGGCCCUGGUCUUGGGCCUCCUUGUGACCAUUGGAUUCAUUAUUCUUCUGGUGCUUGUGAUGCCGACCACCCUCAGUGCAGUAGGGACGGGCAGGCUGGGUGGCAGAGGCAACUAGUCAACGUCCCCAGCAGGUGACCAAGUCCUCCCCACCCACUGCUGCCCCGCCCCAGGCAC